ACUCGGUGCAGAGAGGAAGUCGGUGCCUUGCUCCUCAACCUCGCGCGGCCCAACACCCCACGUACACACACUCCGCGUCGCUCACUCUCGCUCGACACAUAUUGACUAAUCUACUCUAACGCGAUUUAUUAUGCCUUUCGUGAUAUCUAAGCACUGUGAGGAAAAAACGAAAUAUAAAUAUAUAUAAAAAAGAGGUGCUUUAAGGCAUUGUGACUGCCGGAUGUGAUUACCUUACACAACCUACACACACAGGCUUAUAAAAGAUUGUUGAAAAAGAACAUUAAUUCAUAAGACGUGGUAAUAAAAAGGCAGCUCGAAGGUUUUAUUUUUUGUCGACGCAUGUCUCUGUAGAGGUGAGAACAUACUGAGUGAAGGUGAGGUAGAGGUGUCGGCUAUACACCCAGCACUUGUAUGUGUUCCUUCGUCGAGUAGUCACCGUGGAUUGUGCAACUCUACCGCCCGAGCUAGUGUACAGUAAUUUAGUGGAGUUAAGAAACGGCGAGAGGAACCAAGUGAAACUGAACACGAGAUGAACACGAGAUGAACCUCAAAGAACCGUGAAUGGCAGCAAAAUUUUAACGUGAGAUGAAUCAUUUGUGAACAUGACCUUAAAAGUGAACCUAAUAUGAAUGUAAUCUAAACGUGAAGUAAAACUAAUAAGAACAUGAUCUGAACUUGAAGUGAACCUGAAUAAGAGUUUAAAUCUGAACGUGAUGUAAACCUGAUAAGAAUGUGAUCUAAAGUGAAGUGAACUGGUUAAGAAAAUGCUCUGAAUGUAAAGUGACCCUGAUAAGAACAUGAUCUGAACAUGAAGCGAACCUGAUAAGAACAUGAUCGGGACGGCGCCAACGUGAGAGAUAUCCACCAGGAAAAAUGAACACAAAGUCUCUCUGUGUCUCGAGUGAUACAAGAUGCCUAAGAGGAGAUGUCUCGUAUUAGAUCCCAAGAGUCUCUCCAGAAGAUGAUCUCUCGAGGACGCAACCCUUGGGCCUUAUGUCUCGCUGCGUAUCUCUCGCCCUUCGUUCUCGUCGGCUUCAUUCUCGGUCUCGUCCUCCUGCCGAUGGAAGCGUUGGGCACGGAGUACGUGGUGGGGGUGGCAGGCGGGCGUGCCGAGCUUCCGUGCCACAUGCACACGGACGAGCCCCGCGACCGUGCCACCCUCGCCCUCUGGUACCUACAGGGCAACCGCCUCCCCGUCUACAGUUACGACGCGCGGGGAGAGAGUGGCCUUUUCCAGCCAGACAAGGUCCUGGGUGGCAGGGGAUCCUUCGAAACGUCUGCUUCCCCCGCCAGGCUCAUCCUCAACCCUGUGCUGGCCAAGGAUCAGGGCAUCUACACCUGUCGAGUGGACUUCCUCACCUCCCCUACCCACAACACCGUCGUCAACCUCACAGUAAUCGAGCCGCCAGAGAAGCUGGUCAUCUACAACUCAGACAACGGGGUGGUGAGACAUAAGAUUGGCCCCAUUAAUGAAGGAACUCCACUCCGUCUCUCCUGCGUUGUGAUGGGAGGUCGUCCACCGCCGUCCGUCACCUGGUGGUCAGAGAGAGUAUUGGAAGAACGUGAUUACGAGCUCACCAGAGAAGGACACGUGAAAUCCGACCUCUUUAUUGAGGAAGUGACACGUACCCACCACGAGAAGACUUACUCCUGCCAGGCCCAGAACAACAAGCAACAGAAACUUGUAGAAGAAGUCACCAUAGAGAUGAACUUACGCCCCCUGAGUGUGAGGAUCAAGGUGGGGGACGAGCCACUGAUAGCUGGUCGUCAGUACACGUUCACCUGUGAGAGUCAGGGAUCCAAGCCGGAGGCGCUUAUCAAGUGGUUCGAGGAGAAGGGCGAAGUGGAUGUCAUGCGUACACACACAAGAUCCAGUCCAGGAGAGAUAACUACGGGCUCAAUGAUCAUAGUACCGAGCCAACACGACGACGGUAAAAUACUCAAGUGCCAGGCCAGCAACCCCUCAGUGCCAGGCAGUGCCAUCUCUGAUUCCGUCUCCCUUAAAGUGCACUACGCGCCCAUCGUGGUGCUGGAGAUGGGCAGGAACCUGGUGCCCAGCUCCAUCAAGCAGGGUGAUGACGUGUACUUCGAGUGUCGCGUCACAGCCAAUCCCGACCCUUACAAGAUCAGCUGGGAGAAGAAUAGAGAAGAGGUGAAGGCCAAUCAGACAGCAGGGGUGAUCCUGAGCGGCAACAGUCUGGUGCUACAGCAAGUGGAGAGGUCUAGUGCCGGGGAGUACACAUGUUCAGCCACCAACACCCAGGGCACUCAGCUGUCGAACCCAGUCACGCUGGACAUUAUGUAUCCUCCGGAGUGCAUGGUGGACAAGCCGACAGUGCUGGCGGUGGGUCGGGGCGAGAGGGUCAACAUCUCCUGUCGUGUAGCCAGCAAUCCUGCCAGAGCUACCUUCCACUGGCGCCUCAACGGGUCUGUCAACACCUAUACGUCUAAGGGGGAGCCGAUGCAGUGGGGCCACCUUGUGUCUCACUAUACAUUCCUGGGAACCUCGGACAAGGACUAUGGCAUGUUGCACUGCUGGGCCAACAACUCCAUAGGCGUCCAGGACAGCCCCUGUGUCUUCCAGAUCAUACCAGCAGGUCCCCCGUCUUCGCCCGAGCAUUGUGAAAUCAUCAACAACACGGCAGAGAACAUCGAGGUCUUCUGUGAACACGGCUUCGAUGGCGGAAUGCGACAGCUCUUCCUGGCAGAGGUGUACGAUGAGAGGGGAUCCUUACACCUCAAUAGAUCGUCGGAGGAGCCUCAGUUCUCCGUGGAGUCUCUACAGCCGGGGACGACCUACACCAUCAGAAUCUCUGCAUUUAACGACAAGGGCAGGUCUCCCCCAAUAGUCCUCACGGCCGUCACGCUCAAAGUGGCAGAGCAAAGAGUCGGUGAAAACAAAUCGCUACUGUACUCGCCUCUCAUCAUCAUAUUCCUCAGCAUCGUAGGCGUCUUCCUUAGCCUGAUCCUCAUCCUCGUCUUCGUCACUCGCUGGAGGAAGAACUACUCCUCCUCGACAGCCUCCACAGCCGUCACCAGCCAAGCCACCGACCCACCGCCAGACCACAGCACACAAGACCGCCCUGGAAAAGAAGAAGUUGAACCAAAGAAAGCGAAGCCAAAGAAGAAAGUGGUAGUGAUAGAAAACGGGACUAAGGACAGGAUCGGGUUAGGGGAUGUAUCCGUUGACGUCACUUCCACAAAAGAUGCAUUACUCGGGCGACACACAGACUCGCAGACUCUGGCCAAUGGCUCGGCGGGUUACUACAACAGUCUGGGCAAGACCUCUUUCCCCUCAACCUUCCCAUCUUCCUCUUCUUGUACUCUGCCUCGCCCUCAGAGGAACCCCACCACCACUUCUUCCACCACUCUCCCCCACCACGCACACACAUCCCUCACCGCCACCACUAAUGUCCACCUACCGGAGGAGACCUACUCUCCCUACUCUCGCUAUUCCGAGACCUUACCCAGAAACUACGGUAGGGGACCCAGGGACUUGGAGGACUAUCGUAGCGACUCGUAUAGAGGCGGUGGCUUAGGAGGUGGUGUUGGUGGGGGCUAUCGUAGAAGCACCAGCGGUAACCUUGCGCCCGAGAGCUAUCGUGGGAGUGUUAAUAUCUCCAGUGAGAGCUAUCUGGGUGUUGAGAGUGGCGUGUUGGGUGAAAGUUAUCGUAGUGGUGGUGUUGGGGGAGGUCGAGGGAGAGUGUUGGGGGAGAGUUAUCACAGUGGUGGCGGUGGUGGUGCUAACAUUGGACAAGAUACAUAUCAUCAAGUAGGCGGUGGUGGUGUGGAUCACUAUCAUGUGGGAAGUGGAGGAGGGGUGGAGACCACGUAUCGUGACGGUGGUGCUACACGAACUGGAAAGGACAAAUAUCACUUGCUGGAAGAACUGAAAAAUAACCCCAAAUAUGUGGUGCGGACUCGGGCUGGUGAACCAAAUGACGAAAGUUUUGUGUAACGGGACGAGGCUGUGUUGAGGCUGGACUCUGUGUUGAGGCUGGACUCUAGUGACGACGAUUUAUUGCCUCUUGAACAAAAACUAUUAACCUGGAGUAACAGUUCCCGUGAAACACUGAUAAACAAGUCAGUACAUGGUGUUUUGACAUCUUGUGUGUAAGAGAGCAAUGUUGGCUUAGAACAGGGUUGACGGGGGGCAAAAUGGAUAAAUAUAUAUAUAUAUAUAUAUAUAUAUAUAUAUAUAUAUAUAUAUAUAUAUAUAUAUAUAUAUAUAUAUAUAUAUAUAUAUAUAUAUAUAUAUAUAUAUAUAUAUAUAUAUAUAUACGUACAUGAAUUUUCGAAAAAAAAAUAUUACUACUGAAAUUUGAAUGGGUUUGUUUUGCAUUGCGCAUUUGUGGUCGCGUGUGUUUAUAUGUGUGUGUAAAUCAGUGUGAAUGGCGUCUGUCAACAGACACAACAUCAGAAUAUUCUGUCAGAAAAAGAUACUUGUAUAUGAACUCUUGACUCCACUUGCUGCGCCAUGCUACUUGAUGAUAACUUUGUAAAUAAGAGAGAAGUUGGUCGCACGCUUCCCUGUGUGCUAGUGUGUGUAGGCAUCAAUGUACUCAUCACUACUACUACUACUACUACUACUACUACUACUGCUACUACUACACUAGGCUCCCUCUGGCUAGACAUGUGUUCCCUGAUUCCAUGUCUCAAGGAUGUGUAUGUCUAGCCAUGGCUGGUAUGAGAGCCUUGGAGUCCAGGUGUGUUAACUGGUAGCCAGCACAAGGAGUUUAUUUACAUGGCAUAAUAACAUUGUAAUAUGUAAUGAUUUAGACGUAAAUACAUUUUCAUGUAUCAACGCACACCAGUCCUUAAUUUUAACGGAUGAAAAAAAUGAUAGACUAAAGCAUUUAUGAUAUAUAACGGUAAUGUAUUAUGUAUAAUGUGUAUAACUGUGAUAAAAAUUGUGAAUUUAUAGGAGAAUAUAUGAAGAAUUUGUCCGCAAGUCGAUGUGUUAACAGCAGUAGACCACGACAAGGUAGAAAACACCAAAUUAUUCCACAUUACCUCCAAGGAAAUUCAAAUAAAAAAAAAACGAUCCAGUGAAAGAGGGACAGAGGCAACAGAAAUAAUGCUUCCUGUUUACUCAAAAUCAGACAUUCGGGCCAAGAUGUGAUCCCAACGAGGACAGGAAAAGAACAAGAUCACUCAAAAGAUUAUAAUCAAAAUUUACUCCUGAAGAUCGUUAAUGUCUUCCUUCUGUAUCUUAUAUUAAUUAUCAUGAGCCAGAGUCUUAAGCUUGCUGCUGCUAGGGGGAUCUUGGUCUCCUAGGGAACAUUCUCCUGGGACCUUCUCUUUGGGAUGUCUCCACGUAACUCUCGUCUGGAGGAAACAUCUCCUGGGAUCUUCUUUGACGAUAUUUUCUGGAAUAUCGUCUCUGGAAGAUCUUAACUGGGGAUUUUUUCUAGUAUUUUUUUCAUGGUAGUCUCUGGGACUUUUUCUCUGGGUAUAUAACUUAACUGAGAGAUCUUCUGCACUUCAAUCUUUCUCUCGGGAGUACUUUCUCCUAUUAACUUUCUUCGGGAGGUCUCCAAAAGGAAACUCUCUCUUGGGAUCUCAACAGCUGCUACUUUUACCUAACUAGGAAGAAAAAGCUUUUUGAUGCCGCUUACUUACUAUCCCCAGCUUAUGUAAGCUUGCUAUCCUCCGGCCAGCAAGAAAGACUCUGGCCCAUAUAAUAUAGGUUACUGUACAGUAAACAUGAAGUAUACUAGAUAUAUUUCUAUAUACUCUCUGCUUUGCGCGACGUUCAUAUAACAAACAAUAUGCGUUUUUUAAAAAAUGUUUAUAAAAACGAAAAAAUAUAUUAUUUUGAGGUUUUCUCUUUUAAGAUAACUUCAGCCAUUUGUGGGUGUUGAUAAGAUUUUCUUACAUAAUUUUAUGAAGGAAAACCUUUGAUUGGAAGACUGAUCCUUUGCUCUGUAUCCUAACUGUAGCUGUUCAUGGUUGUUUAUGAGGUGUGUCAACAUUUAUUUUGCACAAACACAGAGGAAGAAAAGGUUCCUUGAGGUGAUCUAGAAGGAGAGACGCGUGAGAGAUGAAAAGCCGUGUAAUAACUUGAUAUAUUUUUUACACUGUCCCACGACAGGCCAGAAGAGCAUAGGCGGUGGACUGUCCCUAUUGCUCCAGACAACUUUAACUACGUCCUGGGUUACCCUUAUUCUUCUCUUUAAAAACAAAAGCAAAGUUCCCACUGUAGGUAUUAACACUAUAUUCUUCUAAUUUUAUUAACAAAAUAGACAUAUCAUGUGUGGUGGAAGGAAUCUGUGUGAUGGAUCGCAGCCAAACGUCUUUCAUUAUUCUCAUUUAACCUUAUAUUUCUCGUCUUUUCCUUUUAUCUUCAUUAUUUCUCGUUGUCUAUUGACUAAGGUGUGAACAGAAGCCGCUAGGUAACUCUUAGCGUCUUGAUGUGUGGUGGUGAAGACUGUUGCUGUGAAGGUGUAGGGUGAGUCUCCUUCCUCUUCCGUUAGGUAAAGUAAGUGAAGUAACCAGACAGAAUAACCUUAAUGUUUCAACCUUAUAGAUGAAUUAAGAUUAAAAAAAAUCCUAAAUGUUUCUCAUUAUUUUAUAUGAAACAAUAGAUUUGGGGGGAACUGUGUAGAUGAGAAUCCAAAUAUUAGUCCAGCAUCAUUUGGCGGUUGAAGCAUGAUGAGCUGCUUCUCUCCUUCGUGUAAUUAUCAACACAGUACAAACCUUCUGUACACAUGAUUAAAUCUGGUCUUAUGUAAGAGAGGAGGA